UUUACAGAAAACCCAUCCCUAAAUUUAGCGUAAAGAAGAAGAAAUUGCAAACAAAAAUAAUGUUUAAUUCAAUUGAAAUUCCUGAUUCUGAAGACGAGAUGCCCGAACCAACAAGAUUAACUGAAAGUGAAAAGUCAGUCAUUAGUGGCACCGAGUCUAAUGAUCCGUCACCGAAAAAACAAAAUGAAUUGUCGGACACCUCCUCCUGUGGAAAGUCAACCGAAUCUCUGUCAUCAAGCGAAGCAAGAGCACAAAUUCGUCACAGAGCACGAAAAACACAGCACACAGUUCGCAAUGGAGUCGAGAAUGAAAUACAAUUCGAAACUAUACCUCUGGAUGAUACUGCUGAUGGCAGCAGUUCGCCACAGUCCAAGGUGCCACGUUUGGAGGACGAUGACAUCAAGUCUGUCGUUGAGAAUAUGUUAGACUCCGAGGAAAUGCAGCAAAUUAUAAAACAAAUUGCUGAGGAGCGAGUGCGUUGCAAUUUUUUACUGGCUAGCUAUCACCUGCCUGAUAUGAGCUUUAGGCUAAACACAGACUUGGCGGUUUUAAAACAUCAAUUCCGGGAACGACUCAAGAAAUACAAGGUGGAAAAUGCUUCAGCUGCUGGAACAUCAAAGGCAAUAGCGAAUCAAUCGAAUGAGGUCAAAGCAACGGCAAAUUCAUCGAGUAUUACAUCGCAAACAAAAGUAGGUUAUAAUAGUAAUUAGUCAAUUGUAUUUAACAAAAAAGUAUUCUAUUAAAUGCAUAAGUAUCUU